AUGGAGAUUCAAAUUAGAUCGGAGAGUACUCAUAAGCAACCGAGUCCAAGAGUUACAAAAACUGGAUCACGAGUUUGGUUCUUAAGAGUCUGCUCGAGCAUUUUGGUUUGGAUUUGCUUGUUUCAGCUCUUCGUGCAUUCCGGAAUCUUCACCGGUUUAACCAAUCACAUUACCCGGUCCUCACUUCCGGUCAAACCGGGUUUAAAGAAAGUGAUCAUCUUUGUAGGAAACUAUACAAGCAAUGGGAUUUUAAGAGUGUCUUGUAAUGGCGGUUUGAAUCAAAUGCGUGCAGCGAUUUGUGAUAUGGUGACAAUUGCUAGACUAUUGAACUUGACACUUGUUGUUCCAGAGCUUGAUAAGAAAUCUUUCUGGGCUGAUCCAAGUGACUUUGAGGAUGUUUUUGAUAUAAACAAUUUCAUUAAUUCAUUAAGAGAUGAAGUAAGGAUCAUAAGGAAGCUUCCUAAACGUUACCGCAGACACAAACAGUUCCAAAUGCCACCAGUGAGCUGGUCAAACGAGAAUUACUACUUGCACAAGCUGUUACCGCGUUUCAGGAAACAUAAAGUUAUACAUUUCAACAGGAGUGAUACGAGAUUAGCCAACAACGGUCUUUCUCUCCAUCUCCAGAGGCUGAGAUGCCGUGUGAACUUUCAAGGACUGAGAUUCACUCCAAGGAUCGAGGCUUUGGGAGCAAAAUUAGUUAGUAUUCUCAAUCAAAGAGGGCCGUUUGUGGCUUUGCAUUUGAGAUAUGAGAUGGAUAUGUUGGCUUUCUCUGGCUGCACUCAUGGUUGCACUGAAGAAGAAGCUGAAGAGCUCAAAAAGAUGAGGUAUGCAUAUCCUUGGUGGAAAGAGAAAGAGAUUGUCUCUAAAGAGAGAAGAGUGCAAGGACGUUGUCCAUUGACACCUGAAGAGACUGUUUUGGUUCUAAAAGCAUUAGGGUUCCAUAAGGAUACACAGAUAUACAUUGCAGCUGGUGAUAUUUACGGUGGUGAGAGGAGAUUAGCUCUUUUAAAGAAAUCAUUCCCAAGAAUUGUGAAAAAAGAAAUGCUAUUAGAUCCAACGGAACUGCAACGGUUUCAGAACCAUUCAUCACAAAUGGCAGCUCUAGACUUCAUUGUAUCUGUAGCUAGUGACACUUUUAUUCCUACUUACUAUGGAAACAUGGCUAAAGUUGUUGAAGGUCAUAGAAGAUAUUUUGGGUUUAAGAAAACAAUAUUGCUAAACCGGAAAAGACUUGUGGAGCUUUUGGACUUGCAUAACAACAAGACACUCUCAUGGGAACAGUUUGCAGUAUCUGUCAAGGAGGCUCAUGAGGGAAGACGUAUGGGAGAACCAACACAUAGGAAAGUAAUCUCUGAUAAACCAAAGGAAGAAGAUUACUUCUAUGCCAAUCCUCAUGAAUGUAUAUGUGACAAUCCAUAUACUUUAACAGAGUGA